AUGGCUCCUGCUCUCGACCAACCUUACGGGAGCGAGUCCUCGCCUGUGUCCAGUCACCAAAAAGACAACACCAACAAGCUGGACCAGAGCUACGUGUAUGACGCAGAAAAGACCCGCAAGACACCCGUCAAUAAUCCUCCUUGCCUACAGAAUGGCCUGCCAUCCGCUGGGAUUCCUGGUUGCCAAGGACCUUUAAACAAACCCGGCGACUCGAUGAAGCCGAGAAACAAUGGUGACCUGCUCUUCGUUGGCAGCAAGGAAGCUCAUGUAAAGACUGGAUGGACGACUCAUGAAUCGUCCUUGCGAAGUCUGUGGGCUAUUGUCUUGGGUCUCUCCCUCGACGACAUUCGACGUGAUGACAGCUUCUUCAGGCUUGGGGGCGACUCUAUAGCAGCAAUAAAGCUCAGCGGAUUGGCUCGAACCAAAGGACUGCCUUUUUCUGUUCCCAAUAUUAUGCGAAACCCAGUUCUCCGCGAAAUGGCUGCCGCCACAAAGAACGAGCCAGCAAAAUCAAUGGAGCAAAAGCUCGAGCCAUUUUCUUUGAUACCGAACGAGCAUUUGAGAGCGACAAUGGGCGAGGUAUCUGUUGCGUGCGGCAUCUCAGAAGACCUAAUCGAGGAUAUCUAUCCGUGCACUACGUUACAACAAGAAGUGCUAUGUCUUUCGAAGGAAAUGGGGGAUGAUGGCACUCACGACUUAACCCGCGAGGUGCUGAGCGUUGAUCCGAAUGCUGAUAUGACUCGACUCACUGCUGCAUGGGCUACGGUCCUCUAUCUCAACCCGGAAUUACGCACCAGGAUAGUCGACACUCAGGCGUCAGGGCCAGUUCAAGUUGUGGUUCGUCAUAUCUUGGACUUCGCCAGCCGCGAGAGCCUUGAAGCCUGCGAGUCUCUAGUCGAUGAUAAUGAGAUCCGCCCUGGGUCGCCCGCUGUUCGGUUGCGAGUGGUCAACAACACCCGCAACAUGCAGCGGUGCUUUGUGUUGGUUUCCCAUUAUUCCGUUUUGGAUGGAUGGCAACUACGUUUAGUCCUCGAUCAACUUGAGCAAGUCUAUCGAGGCUAUGCUACUGCAAGCGGACAUCGCUUCAAUACUUUCAUCAAACAUAUCACUCAGGUCGACAAAGCCGAGGAAACCGCAUACUGGCAAGCUACACUUGAUAACACCGACACAGCCUCGUUUCCCACGGUCCCAUCACAUCUACCACCCCUCCGGAGAAACUGCACCAAAGAACAUCUCAUCUCAUUCGAGUCCCACAACCUCCAGAGCAAGGAAAUGGACUUUACAACGACGACCUACAUUCGACAAACUUGGGCACUUAUAUGCGCUGCGUACAUGGGUUCAAACGAUGUGGUCUUUGGUGUGAGCGUGAACGGGCGAAAUGCCCCCAUUCCUGGCAUCGAACAGAUUGUCGGCCCAACCGUCGCUUCAGUUCCAUUGAGAGUGACGUUGGAUUAUGGUGCAAGUGUGCAAGAGUCUCUACGGGCUCUUCAUGACCAAUGUAUCGACAUGAUGCCAUACGAGCAAACAGGGCUCCACAAUAUUCGAAAAAUGGGAAUGGGCCCUGCUACUGCCUGUGACUUUCAUUCCUUGCUCGUGGUUGAGCCACCUCCAGCCAACCAAGAAGGCCAUGUUGUGACUCGAGCUGAAUACGGAGUCGACAGUUUCAUCGCUCGAAGCAACUGCCCACUCGUGGUGCAAUGCUCACUCCUCCACAACCGGGCAGGAGUCAGAGUACGAGUCGCCUAUAACGACCAGAUCCUCGAGGCGGUACAGGUUGACCGGAUCGUGAAGCAGCUGGAGUAUGUCCUACUCCAGCUAUUGAGUCAGGGUGAAGAGGGCUGCCAACUCGGCGAUAUCAAGAUCAUCACGCCCCAAGAGUUUGAUCAACUGUGCUAUUGGAACGGUCAUCUGCCACCCGCAAUGGACUACUGCGUGCACGACUUGAUCCAGGGAAAGUUGGCACGCAUCCCAGACAACCAAGCAGUAUAUGCAUGGGACCGGUCACUCUCGGCGAGAGAAUUAGACGACCUGUCCUCGCAACUGGCCGGUCAUCUACGCGAUUUAAAAAUUGGACCGGAGGCCACUGUACCAGUGUUUUUCGAAAGAGGUUCAUUGACUAUCAUUACCAUGUUGGCUGUCCUCAAGAGCGGAAAUACCUGCGUUACGCUGGAUAUACGGCAGCCCGCUUUGCGACGAGAAAAGAUCGUCCAGAAGACAGGUGCUCAAUUCAUACUGGUAUCAGAACGCUACCAGGGGUUGAUGUCAACGCCGGAUGUUACCCAGAUUGUGGUGACCCAUGAAUCUCUCGCGCAGAUGUCGCUUCCGCGAGGGAGGAUUAUCACCGGUGUCGGUCCUCAAAGUCCAGCCUUUCUGAUGUUUACCUCCGGAAGUACUGGCGAACCCAAGGGUAUUGUGCAUGACCAUCGCAGUAUGUGCAGCAUUAUCAUUGCCCACGGAGUCGGAUGCAAUAUCAAGCAAGGGUCACGCGUUCUCCAAUUCGCGUCACCAUCGUUUGAUACCAGCGUAUGGGAGGUUAUGAUGACCCUUGUUCUUGGUGGCUGUAUCUGCGUUCCAUCCGAUGAUCAACGAAUGAACGACCCCGGCGGCUUUGCCAACCGCGCUCAAGUCGACGUCACUCUUAGUUCUCCAACUGCCAUUCGAUCAAUGAACCCCGAGGACGUGCCAUCGCUCAAAACAGUCAUUCUAGUGGGCGAGGCUAUUCCGCGAGAUGUUGUCGAGGCGUGGAGCCGCUCUGCUAUGGUCAUGAACGGUUAUGGCCCUGCCGAAUGCGGUGGGUGUUCAACCAUCGCUAUUGAUGAGACCCGCUGGCCCAUGGCGACGUUGGGUCACACACGAGGAUGCGUCUACUGGCUUACCGACCCUACCGACCCCAAUCGCUUAGCUCCUAUCGGUGCAGUCGGGGAGAUUCUCAUUGAAGGUCCCAUCAUCGCUCAUGGGUACUUGAAUGAUCCAGAGAAGACAAAUGCUUCUUUCUUGACGGGUGUGCCGUGGUUGGAGUCGUUCCGUCCCGGUAGCCGUCUGUACCGGUCUGGAGACCUGGGUAUCUACAACCGAGAUGGCACUGUUGUCUAUCUAGGCCGCAGAGAUAUGCAGGUCAAGUUGCGUGGCCAGCGUAUAGAGUUAGGGGAAGUCGAAUCUCACCUCCGCCGUUUCAUACCGGGCACAAAUCUCGCGGCGGACGUUAUUCGCCUCGGCGAAAGCGACAACCUUACUGCUUUUAUCGCCCAAGAUGGUGAUGAUGCGACCGCUCCUCUCGCACUGCUUCCACAGAACCGACGAAUCAACAACUCGGAUCAAAUCUCCUCGCAGUUGGGCGAAGUGUUGCCCCCAUACAUGAUUCCGUCGUUCUACCUCCCAGUUUCGUGCAUCCCAACCACUACUUCCUGUAAGACGGACCGGAAGAUGCUUCGGCAUAUGGUUACUGGCUUGUCAAAGGAAGAUAUCGCAGGCUACCAUCCAACGGAGCUCACGGAAGAGCCGUCGACUGUCGACGAGCUUGAGCUACGUGAUGUCUGGGCUGAUAUAUUAAAUGUCAAUUCCCAGACAAUCAAAGCCAAAAGCCACUUCUUCCACGUCGGGGGUGAUUCCGUCGAAGCUAUGAAGCUGGUCAGCAUGGCUCGACGUCAGGGUCGAAACCUCAACUUCACCCGAGUAUACCAGAGUCCUCAUCUCUGCGACAUGGCCAAGCACUGGUCAGUCAGAGAACCACAGAAUUCACAGUUGGAAAAGGAAUGGCCUCCGUUUUCCCUGAUGGACAAGCCCGAUAACGAAGACUUCCUUACACGCUAUAUCUGUGAGCCUUUCGCAGUACCUCGCCAAGACAUCGUCAACGCAUACCCGACUCAUGAAAACCAAUUCUUCACCUUCCAUACUGGAGAGUGCUUGUAUGCACGCUUCAAUAUCCCAGAGCCGUUGGACCUGGACCGCGUCAUCGACGCCUGGAUGAUGGUUGUCCGACAACAUGACAUUCUGCGAACUGUCAUUUGCCCAGACGAGCCCGGCUUCAGUCCAGACGAGCCUGGUUUGAUUGCUGUGGUGCUGGGCUCCCUGGUUUGGGAAGUCGAACAACACACGACAGAUGAAUCUGGAAUGAAGGAACUCGUCCAAAACGACGACAAGGCUGGUCUGCAAUAUGGAGCUCCUCUUGGCAAAGUCAUGGUGAUCCGGAACGUGGAAAAGCCAGCCACCACUUUGAUUUUGAAGAUCAGCCACUGCAUAUACGAUGGCUAUUGCCUGGCCAUCUACUGGAAGGACUGGCAUUCGGCAUACGAAACCGGUUGCGUUACCUCUCGCCUCCAGUACCAAGAUGUCCUUUCCUCGUGGAGGUUUGCCGAGGGUUAUGAGCAGUCAAUCCAAUACUGGAGAAACCUUCUUCAAGGCGCAGAGCUUCUUGAUCUACCAGGCCCGCUUAUUGAUAAACUCCCGGUUGAAAAGGCGCCUCCCUUAGAAAGAAGACUUGACGGUGUGGUGGCUCCAAUUGGGAUGGUCUUGGACUCGCUCAUCAAAGCGGCUUGGGCGAUCACGAUGGCUAGCAUGACUGGCCAGCCAGAUGCCCUCUUCUUCCAGAUCACCAGUGGCCGACGCCUCGGCGGAGAAAGGAUCGAAGGUGCGACGGGGCCCCUCAUGGGGGUGUACCCAGUCCGAGUCAUGCUGAAACCGGACUUGAGAGUGGAUGAGCUCUGUCGAUUCCUGCAAAAUCAAGACGCAAAUGGUAUGGCACACGAAAUGAUCGAUCCUGACAAGAUGUGGAGUAUUGGAGGAUGGGAAGAGGAGGAACCGUAUUGUCUGAUUGACCACGUCAAGGGGGACAUGGACUCCCAGCUUACACUGGAUGGACUCCCUUGUGGGCCAGAGAAUACAUCGACUGGUGGACCUGAACCCCUGACAAUGUGCAUCGUCAAGACAUGGGGUCGUCAGGCUCAUAUUAGCUUGUUUCCUCGUCCCGGGAUACCCGAUGCUACCGCGGAGCAAGCGAUUGACCUCUUUUCUGCCAAGCUGCAGGCAUUCUCGCAAAACCCGACGAUGUUGGUCCAUUGA